CUUUAGAAUAUUGGCGGUUUUGGAUCAUAUGCAAGCAAAUCUUUUCAAGCUCCAAGUGAUCUCUUGAUGUAGGCUUUUAGCAUUAAAAAUAACCUACAUUUCAGAUUUGGCCGAAAAAGAUCAUGUAUUAUACACCGUGAUGAUCCCAAAAGUCAGAUAUUCUUAUCUUCCAAGGAAAAUGACAGCCCUGGGAAGAUUCACCAAAGCGAUUUAAAAGCGGUUAAUAUUUGCAAGACCUGUUCCACUACAUAUCCCCUCCGCCAAGCUUUAAAUUCCUCUGAUGGAUCCUCUCCUGCACUACCUGUUUACUUUAGUCUGCAGCCUUGUUGCCCUUUUGAGUUGCAUUUACUUUUAUCAGUCGAAGAAACCAAGCACUCACAGGAAAAGAGUCUGCACUGCGCCACAAGCUGGCGGUGCGUUACCUGUCAUCGGCCACAUGCACCUCUUGGGUGGCCAGCAACUCACCCACAAAACAUUAGGUGCCAUGGCUGACAAAUAUGGACCUGUUUUUUCCAUAAGGCUAGGAUCACACAGCGCCCUGGUUUUAAAUAGCUGGGAAAUGGCCAGAGAGUGUUUCACCGUCCAUGAUAAAGUCUUCUCCACUAGACCAGUCCUUACUGCCUCAAAGGUUCUAGGCUAUAAUUAUGCGAUGUUCGGGUUCGCUCCUUAUGGAUCCUACUGGCGCGAGAUUCGUAGAAUUGCUACAAUUGAACUUCUGUCAAGCCACCGGAUUGAUAUGCUCAAACAUAUACGUGCUUCAGAGGUAAAGACUGCAGUAAGAGAAUUGUACAAGUCAUGGCUUAGCAAAGGUGGUGGAGAAACUGGAGUAUUGGUAGAUAUGAAACAGUGGUUCGGCGAUCUAACUCAUAAUAUUGCUCUGAGAAUGGUGGGAGGGAAAAGGUUCUUCGGACCGAAUGCUGAUUGUGAGGAAGCAGAAGCACGAAGGUGUCAAAAAGUGAUGAGGGAUUCCGCUUACCUGUUUGGAGUGUUUGUCGUGUCCGAUGCAUUACCAUUUAUUGGGUGGUUGGAUUUUCAAGGAUAUGAAAAAGCCAUGAAAAGAACUGCAAAAGAAUUGGACAUUCUACUAGGAGGGUGGCUCGAGGAGCAUAAGCAGAAGAAACAUUUAGGUGGAGGGUUGAAAAAAGAGCAGGAUUUCAUGGAUGUGAUGCUGAACAUCCUGGAAGACGCCAAGAUUACUAGUUUCGAUGCCGACACCAUCAACAAGGCUACUUGCUUGAAUUUAGUUUUGGCAGGGAGUGACACAACCAUGAUCACUCUCACCUGGGCCCUAUCUUUGCUACUGAACAAUCCUCGCGUGCUAAAGAGGGCCCAAGAUGAGCUUGACAUGCACGUUGGAAAGGAUAGACUAUUGGAAGAAUCUGACAUCAGAAACCUGGUCUACCUUCAUGCCAUUGUCAAGGAAACACUGCGCUUAUACCCGCCUAGUCCAAUCAUUUUCCGGGCAUCAAUGGAAGAUUGCACUCUCUCGACUGGCUACCACAUUCCGGCAGGUACACGAUUAAUGGUAAAUGCCUGGAAGAUUCAACGUGACGAGCGUGUGUGGCCAGACCCACAUGUUUUUAAACCUGAGAGAUUUUUAACUAGCCACAAGGAUAUGGAGUUUCGAGGCCAGACUUUUGAACUCAUCCCUUUUGGCUCGGGAAGAAGGUCCUGCCCUGGGGUCUCACUAGCCCUCCAGGUGGUGCAUUCGGCACUGGCUAGUUUCUUACAAAGUUUUGAAGUUUCUAAGCCAUCGAAACUCGAAGAUAUAGAUAUGACAGAAAGUACAGGAUUAACAAAUCUGAAAGCAACCCCGCUUGAAGUUCUCUUUACUCCACGUCUUGAUUCCAAGCUCUAUGGUUUGGGCACAGAAUUAAUAUAGUAAUUAUCAGUAAAGAAAAUGUAAGCUGUGGUGAUUAGAGCGGUCAAGGUAAGGGCUUAUUACAAGGGUUCUACCCUGCUUGUUACUCUAGGCUUUCCUGAAUUGAUCAUUGCUAUGUACUUAUUGGUUU